GGAAGAUCCAGAGUGCGGAACCUGAACCCGGAGUUGGAGGUGGUAUCAUUAAAGUCCACCCGCAGGUCCAGGAGGCUCCUGCUGGGACAGCCGGGACCUGCUGACCCGUGCCGGACCGGAGCAGCAGCUGGAUGCGGACCUGCAUGACACCAUUGCUGCUGUUUGUUGUUGUUGUUUACCAAAGUGCGCUUGUUGUUCCGGACAUGCUCGCGCUCCUGCUGCUCGUAUGGCUCACUGCCGGAGUGCGCGCCCAGAUCCGGUACUCGGUCCCGGAGGAGGCGGACCGCGGCACGCUUGUGGGCAACAUCGCGGAGGACCUGGGUCUGGACUUGACCAAGCUGGCCUCGCGCCACUUCCAGGUGGUACCCAGCUCCAGGAGCCCGUACCUGGAGGUGGACCUGGAGAACGGGGUCCUGAUGGUGAAGGAGCGCGUGGACCGGGAGCAGAUCUGCAGGCAGAGCGCGCGCUGCCAGCUCAACAUGGAGGUGUUCCUGGAAAACCCGCUGGAGCUGUUCCGGGUGGAGAUCGAGGUAGUGGACAUCAACGACAACCCGCCCAGCUUCCCCGAACCGGACCUGACGGUGGAGAUCUCUGAGAGCGCCACUCCCGGGACCCGGUUCCCCCUGGAGAGCGCCUUCGACCCGGACGUGGGCUCGAACGCGCUGCGGACCUACGACCUGACCACCAACAACUUCUUCUACCUGGACGUCCAGACCCAGACGGACGGAAACAAGUUCGCAGAGCUGGUCCUGGAGAAGCCGCUGGACCGGGAGCAGCAGGCGGCGCACCGGUACGUCUUGACUGCGGUGGACGGGGGCCAGCCCCCCCGCACCGGGACCGCGCUGCUGGUGGUCAAAGUUCUGGACUCAAACGACAACGUGCCGGUGUUUGAGCAGCCGGUCUACACGGUGAGUCUGUCCGAGAACAUCCCGGUGGGGUCCCCGGUGAUCCAGCUCAACGCCACGGACCUGGACGAGGGUCUGAACGGGGAGGUGGUCUACUCCUUCAGCAACCACAUCUCCAGCCGGGUCAAGGACCUGUUCAGCAUAGACCCGCGGACCGGCCGCGUGGAGGUGCGCGGGGAGGUGGACUUCGAGGAGACCGGCCUCUAUCAGAUCUUCGUCCAGGCCAAGGACCUGGGUCCGAACGCCGUGCCCGCGCACUGCAAGGUUCUGGUCAAAGUCGUGGACGUGAACGACAACGCGCCGGAGAUCACCUUCAGCACCGUGACCGAGUCCGUGCGUGAGAGCGCGACCUCCGGGACCGUGAUCGCCUUACUGAGCGUCACGGACCGGGACUCGGAGGAAAACGGGCAGAUCCACGUGGAGAUCCUGGGAGAGGUUCCAUUCAAGCUCAAGUCCUCAUUCAGGAACUACUUCACCAUCGUGACAGACGGACAGCUGGACCGGGAGCACACGGACUCCUACUCCGUCACCGUGGUGGCCCGGGACAAAGGGACCCCGUCCCUGGCCUCCAGUAAGUCCAUCAGGGUCCAGGUGUCAGAUGAGAACGACAACGCCCCCACCUUCACGCAGUCCGUGUACGAUGUGUACGUGACAGAGAACAACGUGCCGGGGGCCUACAUCCACGCAGUGACGGCUCUGGACCCGGAUGUGGGUCAGAACGCCCUCAUCACCUACUCCAUCUCAGAGCGGGACAUCCAGGGCAUGUCGGUGAAGACCUACGUGUCCAUCAACGAAGACACCGGGUACCUGUACGCCCUGAGGUCCUUUGACUACGAGCAACUGAAGGACUUCAGCUUCGUGGUUCGGGCCCAGGACUCAGGGACCCCCCAGCUGUCCUCCAACGCCACGGUCAAAGUUAUCAUCGUGGACCAGAACGACAAUGCCCCGUCGGUUCUGGCCCCGCUGGGGAAGAAUGGGUCCGCUAAGGAGCCCCUCCCUCGCUCAGCAGAGCCGGGCUACCUGGUGACCCGGGUGGUUGCCAUGGAUACGGAUGAUGGGGAGAAUGCCCGUUUGUCCUACAGCAUCCAGAGGGGCAACGAGAACGGCAUGUUCAGAAUGGACUGGAGGACCGGGGAGCUGAGGACCGCCAGGAGAAUCUCGCCUAAGAGAGACCCCCACCAAAUGUACGACCUGCUGAUCGAGGUCCGGGACCAUGGCCAGCCCCCCCUGUCCUCCAGCGCCAGCCUGCUGGUGGUUCUGGUGGACAGUGUGGCUGCUGGCCGGGGCCUUGGGGACAAAGUGGGCACCAACAAGUCCAAGGACAGCUCCCUGGACCUGACCCUGAUCCUCAUCAUCGCCCUGGGCUCCGUCUCCUUCGUCUUCCUCCUGGUCAUGAUAGUUCUGGCGGUCCGGUGCCAGAAGGACAAGAAGCUGACCCUGUCCCCCUGCAUGGGCUGCAGCUCCUGCUGCUCCCGGCAGGUCCGCUCCCGCAAGAAAAAACUCAGCAAGUCCGACAUUAUGCUGGUCCAGAGUACGGUCAACGUCAGCGGGACCGGGACCUCCCAGGUCCCCGUUGAGGAGUCUGGGAGCUUCGGCUCCCUCCACCAAAACCAGAACUAUUGCUACCAGGUCUGCCUGACUCCAGAGUCCGCUAAAACGGACCUCAUGUUCCUGAAACCGUGCAGUCCGUCCAGGAGCUCGGAUGCCGAUCACAACCCUUGCGGGGCCAUCGGGUCCGGGUUCUCCGACCCGCAGCCGGACAUCAUCUCCAACGGCAGCAUCUUGUCCAACGAGACCAAACAUCACCAGCGAAGUGAACUCAGCUACCUGGUGGACCGGCCGAGACGGGUCAACAGCUCUGCAUUUCAGGAGGCUGAUCUGGUGAGCUCUAAAGACAGCGGCCAUGGAGACAGUGAGCAGGGGGACAGUGACCAUGACGCCACCAAUCGAGGACAUUCCGCUGGUGCAGAUCUGUUCUCCAACUGCACAGAGGAGUGCAAGGCCCUGGGUCACUCUGACCGCUGCUGGAUGCCGAGCUUUGUGGCCUCCGAUGGGCGCCAGGGUCUGGACUACCGUAGCAACCUCCAUGUGCCUGGCAUGGACUCAGUCCCAGACACAGAGGUAUUUGAAAGCCCAGAGCAAACAGCUGACAAUUCAUUCUCCACAUUUGGUAAAGAGACGCCUCUCAUUCACCACCCCCUCCACCAUCCCAAAAACCACCACUGUCAUCUUCAGACCCCCCCAGUCAGCCAGCACCUCGUCUCAGAGAGGAAAGUGCUGGACUCUUUUCUGCCUCACUCCAGUUCAGCUACUAACACUUCUUAUUUAAGUGAGUAUUCUGUGCUGCCUCCAUCUUAG